ACAGUCAAAAUGGGUCUCAGUAUAAAAACAACACCCGAACAAUGCAUGAUUUCCCUGGACGAGUAGUGAAAAAUCGAUCUUUAGUGCAUAUUUUACCAGUUUGCAAAAAGCCAAGUGUUCGAUUAAAACCAUCCCGUUUGCUACAACGUACGACGUAUGCACCAAACAAUCGUCGAUUGGCCACCUGAAUUAUUUUGGCUUUUUAUGCAGACGCGUAUCUUGUAUUGAUCGGAGAAACACCAUCGAAGAACGAACAAAAAAAAGUUGGACGAGAAAAAAAUGGAAUCCGUCUGACCUCUUUCGCUAUGCGUGUAUGUUGUCGCGGAAUGAUAUGCACUUGGCUUGACAAUAAUUUACUCAAACCGAUAAAUUCAACACAAUGACGUCUAGGUUGGAUCGUUUAUUUAUUCUACUUGAGUCUGGAUCAUCAGCCGUGACUCGUCGGGCAGCCGCCAAACAAAUUGGAGAGGUUCAAAAACUUCAUCCGCAUGAACUACACAACUUGUUGAACCGACUGCACACCUAUCUGCAUAGUUCAUCGUGGGAGACACGUAUUGCAGCUGCCCAAGCCGUCGACGCUAUACUAUCGAAUGUGCCUUCAUGGAAUCCGCAACCGUGUUCGGUUAAGAUUGAAUCCAAAUGCAUAACAAACUUUGAUGCUAGUCGCCUCACUUUUUCCAACUUUGAACUGGGCAAUGUACUGCAAAAGGGUGCACGUCUUAUGGGCUCUGAGGGCAGUGAAUUCGAUCAAGAUCAGUUCACAGAUUUCGACGAUCGAGAACAUUUAUUGCGUCAACGGGCUCUACUAAAUGAAAAGCUUGGAUUCAACAAGGCCGGCGUUAACAUCAACGAUUUGGUGUGUCUGGAUGAUAUCAGAACGAGCAAAGUGAAUUAUGAUCCGAAUGUAAGACUGAUGCCGGUUCAGGAUAUACUCAAUGCAGAUUCGUCUCAACAAAUGACUGAUUGUUCUAGUCAGGCACUGAGUUGCCGUGAAAUGAAUCGGGCACGUCGAAAGAAACGACAGAAUUUAAUCGUUACCAGCUCAUCUGGUGCACUGAGCCGAAGUAAUUCAACGCAGAGCAAUAACGGAUCAUCGUCGGAAAUGGAAUCCGAGCGCAAGAAACCGAAGCUUGAGUCGAGAAGUGACAGUGUGAUUUAUCACUCGAACGAACCGGUACCGGAUGGCACCGGAUCUUGGGGUGAUGCGACAGAUUGGCCAUUGGAAUCGUUCUGUUCGAGACUGUAUUUGGAUUUGUUUAAUCCUCGAUGGGAGACAAGACAUGGCGCUGCGACGGCAUUGAGAGAAUUGUUGAAAUCACAUUCGUCCGGUGCCGGUAAAAGCAAUUUUAUGACCAAAGAAGAAAUGGACUACAAUCACAUGCUAUGGCUGGAAGAUGCUGCGUUACGUUUACUUUGUGUGUUGUCAUUGGACCGAUUUGGUGAUUUUAUAUCGGAUCAAGUAGUGGCUCCCGUUCGUGAGACUAGUGCACAAGUACUAGGCACGGUUAUGAAGGAAAUGUCGACCGACAAUGUCAAGCACACGGUGGCGAUAUUACUGAAAUUGAUCAAACAAAAUGAAUGGGAAGUGCGCCAUGGCGGGCUUCUUGGUUUGAAGUAUAUGCUGGUUGUUCGAGAGGAUCUGUUGCAGACAUUUUUACCCAUUACAAUAAACGACAUAUUAAUGGGGUUGUUUGACAGUGUUGACGAUGUUGGCGCUGUAGCUGCUACCACUUUAACUCCAAUCGCUUCAUGGCUUCCAAAGCUCUUAAGUGCUGAACAAGUGUCGAGCAUAGUCAAAAUGCUGUGGGAUCUUCUGCUCGAGCAGGACGAAUUAACUUCAGCGUGCAACAGUUUCAUGGGCCUUCUGUCGGCCAUAUUGAGUUUGAACAACGCCAGCAAUUGGAUACAAAUGGAACCAAUGUCGGUGCUGAUUCCCAGGCUUUGGCCGUUUCUAAGUCAUACCACUUCGUCGGUGCGUCGAUCAACACUCCAAACGCUAAAGACUCUAACGAAAAGUGACCCACCAAUAACGGUUGACACUGUGAAUGCUAAAACCGAGAAAAAUGGCAAUUCGGUCAAAGUUGAAGUCAGCAGCUUGCCCGGAGUCAUCAAAACUAAUUCAGCAAAUUUAUCGUUAAAUUUUGGCGUCAAAGAUUGGCCGGCAGAGUUGCUUCAAGAAGCCCUACGACACGUAUACCAGCGUGUUCUCGUCGAGCACAUCAACGACAUACAGUUGAUUGUUGAAGAUGUUUGGCAUAACUUGGUAACGAAUGCUGAACUGUCCAAUUUAUUGCAUGCCUCCUGUCCGUUUGUUGCUUCGUGGAUGUGCCUUGCCAUGCAACCGGCUAGACUACCAUUUGAUCCAUCGUCAAUGAUUUAUGCGAAGGGACCAGUCAACCGGGAACGCAAAAACAAAUGGCCCGAACUAGAUGCAGGCAGCUCAUCAUCCAAGACUCACCUACAAAAAAUGUAUCUUGGAGGCAUCGAAACAACGCCGAUCGAUGUACGUGAACGAAAUAUUCCCAGAGCUCGAGCCAAAGCAUCGAAAAUGUUGGGCCACCUGUCCAGGUAUCUCGUGUUACCCGCUCCCGGUGUCAUAUACACCGAAGACAUGGAAAGUCCGGUCAAUUGCUACGUGAAAAUUCUGCUCGGUUACCUGUCGUCUCGAUCGGCUUUGCAGCGACUGAUCAGCGGAAUGGUGAUCGCCUAUUGGGCGGAAACCGAUUCGAACAUUGUACCGGGUCCGCCACAACUACAAGCCAAAUUAAACGCUGCACUCACCGAAUACGUUUGCUACGACGAGAACACAAUUUCGUUGACCCGAUUGCUCCAAGAAUCUCGUGAUUUCAUCGCAACACUAAAGCAACACAAAGUCAAAAUGAAUAAUUUCGACCACUGCAAGUUUCUGUCAUUGGACCAAAUACAGGCGUUGAGUACCACACUGACGGAAAAUCUGAAGGAACGAUUCGGAUUGAAGACACGUUCCGUCGAAAUACUGGAGGAAAGGCGACGAGGUUUGCAGAAUUCACUGGCACAGACUCAAUUCGAACAGUACGCUCUGAAUGUUAGUACCCAAGCAGUUUUGGCUGGUGCUAAUGUGUUCCUGGGCUGUCUACCCGAGAAACUGAAUCCGGUCAUAAAACCGCUGAUGGAGUCAAUUAAACGUGAAGAGUGCGAAAUAUUCCAGCAGCUUUCCGCUCAAUACCUCGUCAAGUUACUAGAUUUGGUAGCCCAUCGCAAUCCUAGUCCAAACAAUAAGAUAAUAACCAAUUUGUGUACGCUCCUCAAAAGCGACACUGAUUUUACACCAAAAAUUACAAUCGCGCCAUUAUUUACUCAAUGUAACCCAAGCAAUACCACACCGUCUAAUCCAUACCACGGCAUCUUAACGCUAACAAAUCAGCAAAAAUCCAGCGAAACUUCCAACGGUACCUCAAUGGGAAGAGGCCCAGGCCGACCGCCCACUAUUGAUGUAUCAAUUGACGAUUGUGCCGAGUCAGAAGAUCCGACAAAACGGCACAGUCGAACCCAACGCAUUGGCGCUACGUUCGCAAUCAAAGCGAUUUGUUUGCAUUUCGGUGCCGCGUUAAUGGACAAAGUGCCUGUGUUUCUAAGCCUAUUGGAAGCAUUAAAAUCAUUGGUCAAUGAGGAUCUGGUGAAUCCCAUGCAUCCGACUGUUGCGAACGUCGACAAAUGCAACGAACUGAUCACACAUUUGCAGCUGAUUGAAGUCAUUGCGCCGUAUCUCCAUGACGAACAUCACGGGAGGCUGUUUUCGUUACUACCGUAUUUAACUGUCUUGCUCCGACAUCCACAGAAGGCGAUUCGUCACAUGACUGCACGAUGUUUCGCCACACUGGCUUUGAUCAAUUCAUCGUUGAUUAUGGAUCUGAUCAUCCAGACGGGAGUCAAAAUGCUGCAGACUAUCGAAGACGUAAUACAGCGUCAGGGAGCGGCAGAAUUGUGUUGUUGUGUGGUGAACAAACUCCAAUUCAAAAUAGUUCCGUAUGUCACGCUGCUUGUAGUUCCUUUACUAGGACGGAUGAGCGAUCCAGACCAAUCGGUACGACUCAUUUCUACGCAUUGUUUUGCCACAUUGAUUCAACUGAUGCCGUUGGAUGGUAACGUUGACGACGUGUCGCUUUUGUCGAGCAAUUUACAGGAACGAAAGACCAAAGACAAGGAGUUCUUGGAGUAUCUGUUCUCGCCGAAAAAAAUCCCAGAUUUCAAAGUUCCGCAUUUUGUCAACGCUGAGCUACGAUCAUAUCAACAGGCCGGUGUGAAUUGGCUCUGGUUCCUGAAUAAGUACAAAUUGCACGGAAUCUUGUGCGACGACAUGGGAUUGGGCAAGACACUGCAAACCAUUUGCAUUUUGGCUGGAGAUCAUCACGAGCGUCAGGUGGAGAAAUUGAAAAACUUGCCCAGCUUGGUCAUAUGUCCACCGACGCUGACAGGGCAUUGGGUGUACGAAGUGAAUAAAUUUUUGCCGCAAGAAUUCCUCAAGCCGUUGCAUUACAUCGGCUUUCCGGUUGAUCGUGAACGUUUGAGACACAAGGUCGACAGCCACAAUUUGGUGGUGGCCUCAUACGACAUUGUUCGCAAGGAUGUUGAAUUUUUCACGUCGAUCCACUGGAAUUAUGUUGUCUUGGACGAGGGUCACAUUAUCAAAAAUGGAAAAACGAAAAGUUCGAAGGCAAUAAAACAACUCGUCGCCAAUCAUCGUCUGAUACUCUCUGGUACGCCGAUACAAAACAGUGUGCUAGAAUUGUGGUCUCUGUUCGAUUUUCUAAUGCCCGGAUUCCUCGGCACCGAAAAGCAAUUCAUUUCCAAAUUCAGUCGACCGAUACUGGCCAGUCGAGAUGCAAAAAGUUCAGCCAAAGAACAAGAAGCCGGUGCGUUAGCGAUGGAAUCGUUGCACCGUCAAGUGUUACCAUUCCUAUUGAGACGCAUCAAAGAGGAUGUGUUGACCGAUCUACCACCAAAGAUUACACAGGAUCUUCUGUGCGAACUAAGCCCGUUACAGGAGCGACUGUACGAAGACUUUAGCCGAAGCAAUUUGAAUUCGGACAUCAAAGAUUGCUUGGAAAAGCUGGACGGUACGGAAAUACAAAAGAAGACGCAUGUGUUCCAGGCGCUGCGAUAUCUACAAAAUGUUUGCAACCAUCCUAAGCUGGUGCUCACCGUCCACCAUCCAGAGCUGCAAAAGAUCCAACAAGAACUGGGAAAGAAGAACACAACGUUGGACGACAUCGAACAUUCAGCCAAAUUGCCGGCAUUGAAGCAACUCCUUUUGGACUGUGGCAUUGGCACUGAAGAAGAUUCCAUGACUGUUAAUCAGCACAGAGCGUUGAUCUUUUGCCAGUUGAAGGCAAUGUUGGAUAUUGUGGAAAAUGAUUUACUCAAAAAACAUUUACCGGCGGUGUCAUAUCUACGUCUAGAUGGUAGUGUUCCACCGUCGUCCAGACAUCACAUCGUCACCAAAUUCAAUAGUGAUCCCAGCAUUGAUGUUCUCCUAUUAACAACUCAGGUCGGUGGACUAGGAUUGAAUCUCACGGGAGCCGAUACCGUAAUAUUCGUUGAGCACGAUUGGAAUCCAAUGAAAGACUUACAGGCCAUGGACCGUGCGCAUCGCAUCGGUCAGAAGAAAGUGGUCAAUGUGUACCGUUUGAUAACGCGCAAGUCGCUGGAGGAGAAAAUCAUGGGACUGCAAAAAUUCAAACUAAUCACGGCGAAUACGGUGGUCAGCGACGAAAAUGCGUCCAUGGAAACGAUGGGAACGGAUCAACUGUUCGAUCUAUUCAAUUUGUCCGAUAAUAAUGCACAAUCGGCCAAUUCGAUUGAGUGCACUGGCAGCGGUAGUGUUACGAUGAAGCAGGCGUUGACGGAAUUGCCGGAAUUGUGGGAGGACAAACAGUAUGACGAAGAGUACGAUUUGACGCAGUUUUUGCAAGGUCUAAAGUGAUUUGGCGUUUUGUUUUCGUUUUGUUUUGCUGUUUUAAUUUUUUUUUGUAUCGCUCGCAUUAAAUAAACGUUUGAGAAUUCCA